UUGGCAAACAGGGGGCAGUUUUAGAAAAACUGGGACUGUGCCGAUCUUUAACUGUCCUGAGAACCGUAAUGAAUGGAUUCCCGCCGUUCAAGGAUUCGUCUCUUCUCACUGAGGACAAGAAAUUCGACGGCGUGCCCGUGAGGAUUUAUCAGCCUAAAACACCAGCAACUGCCAAAAGGAAAGCUUUCGUUUUCUUUCACGGAGGAGCUGGCAUUUUUGGAUCUGUUGAAGCCUACGAGAGAAUAUUGAGGCAUGUUGUCAAAGAAGCUGAUUCUGUGGUUGUAGCUGUUGAAUACGAUCUGGGACCAGACAGCCCUUACCCAAACCAAUACAAUCAAUGUUUCAAGGCCACGGUACACUUUAUGAAACACGUUGACCAUUACCACGUGGAUGCGUCUCGAAUUACCAUUGGAGGGGACAGCUGCGGAGCAAAUUUCGCAACCCGAAUUUGCCAGUUACUGGUGGACAGACCUGACCUCCCGAAAGUGCAAGCCCAGGUUUUGAUCUAUCCAGGACUGCAGGGUCUCGACUUCUAUUUGCCUUCCUAUCAACAGAACAGCUGCGUGCCUCUCAUGUGGAGGGACACGGUCAUCUAUUUCUGCUGCCUUUUCCUGAAUAAGCCAACCUCUGUCAUCAAGGAUGUCCUGGAAAGCUGCCACGUUCCAGAAAAGAUGAGGCUGAAGUAUCACAAAUGGGUGAACGCAGACCUUAUCCCCAAAGAAUUCAAAGUCAGAGGCUACAAACCUCAAGCCCCCGGGUUGUAUAAAUUCAAACCCAAAGUGCACGAAGAAAUGAAAGAAAUUUUGGAGGAGACGUUUUCGCCCCUUUUUGCAAAAGACGAAAUUGUCCGCCAACUUCCACGGACGUACCUUUUGACCUGUGAGUUUGACGUCCUUAGGGAUGAUGGCCUGCUGUACAAAAAGCGUCUGGAAGACAAUGGAGUGCCAGUAACAUGGACUCAUAUCGAGAACGGCAUCCACGGCAUCGCUGUGCUUUUUGGCUACGGAUUCCUCUCGUUUCCAUCCGUAGAACAGAUGGUGAACGACUUCACGCAAUUUCUCAAAAGCUUGUGAACUUUGGGAGGAGGGGACUGCAGCCCACAACGGAAGAUGAGAGAGGAGCCAAACUGGCACAGCGUAGAAUUUUCUCCACACUCUCUCUCCACCAUUUUGUAUUUGCACACGGCCGCCAUUUCUGCCCACACAGUUCUAGAACAAAGGUAGAUUUGGGAGAUUGUGGAGGAAUCAAAAGGAUGACUAGGCUGACAAUACACGGAGUACGUCCCUUCCUCUCCUGCUGUUUCUGUGAGGAAAGGAUGUGUCCCAGCGACAAGAUUUGUUCCUCUCCUUCUUCUAUCAUCUGUAAAACAGCCCAAUUUGGCUCCAAUCUGUUCAGAUCCCAACUGUUUUCAAUUCGGGCCCAAACACAAAUCUCGAUUUGGAAAUCCAGGUUUUUGUGUCUCCCGGUGACUCAACUCAUAGGGGCAGCAAA